CCAGCCCGUGUUGCAGCAGUUAAGUUCAGACGUUGUAGAGGUCCGUUUCUCUACCUCGAUCAACCAGGAAUAUAAAGUAAAUAUGGAUGCCAGUGAUGGAACAUCCAGCACCACGAUGGUGGAGUGUAGUUCGCCAGAAGAGAAGUGUAACGUGUUCUUCACCACCAUAACAUCCAAGACAGGCAACAGUGCAAGUGUGCAGCCAAGUAACAGUGGAGACAAGAAUGUUGUGGCUGUUCAGUUUGACAUGAACACUGAUAUCUCUCUACCAAAGAUAAUCAUCAAUUCCAUCACAGUGGCGAUCACCAGCACACCAAGUGGCACUCCAGUGUCAACAGUGGUUGGUGUACAAGGUGAAGAAGAUGUGUCAGCAGUAUCCUCACUAACUCUGGCGGUCAUCACUCCUGACAGUGGUGAUUUCACCAAACAUUAUAUUGAUGCACUUGAUGUAACCGGGAUAACUACGGAAAACAUACGAAUACCAUUUGAAAAUAUAAAAGAUAACGCUUUUCUCCCUAGUACAGUGACAAUGAUGGUGGCAGGACACGACGCCAGUGGUGCGUCUUCAGCGUUUGGUUAUGUUGAAGUUACACUAAGUGAUUGGUUCCAACGCUAGAGGGAUGUAUCGUAU